AUGGCCAUGACAUCAUUCAAUGGCUUUAACGUAAUUGUGAUCUUUAUGAUAAGCCUUACUUUGGUUUUGAGAAUAUCAUUCUGCUCUGAGAUCCCACAGCCACCUUCGAAAGCUCCUUCAAAUGAUAUUGGUAAUGCACCUAGGCCAUUGUCAUCAUAUGAGAAAUAUUUAACUACUUGUUCAAGCAAAUUAAAGAAGGAAUGUGGUAAAGAGAUAUUCUCUAGUGUAUUUGUUGGAAAUGGAACGGUUAGUGAUUAUUGUUGUCAUAGCCUUGUGAAUGACGUUGGAAAAUCAUGCCACUUUGAAAUGACAAUGUAUGCAGCACAAUUGCCAGUAUAUGUGAAAAACAAAAGAGAAAUUUUAAAGAGGUGUUUGAAUGUUUGGAAUCAUUGCAACAUAGUUCGUUAA